AUGCCACGUAAAGAAACCAAAAAGCGGAAGCGCGCCAGUAGUCCAGAGAAGGAUAGCACCUUUGGCGCGGAUGAACAGGGGAAGCAUAGUGGUGCGCUCUCUAAGUUUGAGGAGUUUGACGUGUCGGAGUUGCUUCAAAAGCCGCAAGGAGGCCCUGACGUCCAGGCAGCUAUGGAGGAGCAAGAUAGUAGCCUAACUAACGACACUGUUGCCGCUGCUCCACCUAUAACUGCACUGGAGACUGUAGCUGUGGUUGCCGAAGAGCCACCAGCGCCCAUCCCGCAACUCAUUCCACCGGAACCCCCGAAGGAACUUCCGCCAGAUGAGGAGUUUAUUCCUCUACCCACACUUCAGGUCGGUCCUAUGAUGAACCGCUUCUCAGAGGCGCAGAGCGGUUUGCUGAAGGAGCCCGCGCCGCCAGCGUCCAUUCAGCGUGUCACUCAACCAGGGAUGCUGGUCCCGGCGAUGCCCACUUCCUUAAUGGAGCUACUUAGUGGGUAA